AAAUAAUACUACUAACCUCGAACGCAUUCCACGCUGCUCUCUAUUUUUUCUUAAUAAUAAGGUGGGGUGUUAGUGUGUUACACAAAAAUAAUUCACUCAAGAAAAACAUCGUAAGUGUUUGUUCUGUUUCUGUCUGCUUCACAGUAAUGGCUACUGAGAGUGUAGUUGGGUUCGUCGGUUUAGAUGAUAUCAGUUUGGAAUUGGCUACUUCUCUUCUUCUUUCUGGUCACUCUGUUCAAGCAUUCGAGGCAGGCAGUCCUUUGGUUGAUAAGUUCUUAAAGCUAGGCGGUAAAGUAUGUGCCAACCCUACUGAGGCAAGGAAAGGAGUAGCUGCACUGGUCAUAUUGCUAUCUCAUGCUGAUCAAAUAAAUGAUUUAAUUCUGGGUGACAAGGGCGUUUUAAACGGAUUAAGUAAAGACACAGUCAUCAUUUUCCAUUCAAAUGUAUUACCUUCGCAGAUUCAGAAGCUGGAGUUGGAUCUAAGAGAUUGUUAUGGCACAAACUCCAUUGUUGAUAUAUAUGUCUCAAAAGCAGUAUCAGACGUUCUGAAUGAUAAAACUAUGAUUAUUUCAUCUGGAAGUUCUGAGUCCAUUGCUAGAGCACAGCCCAUUCUUUCUGCCAUGUGCGCAAAGCUAUACACCUUUGAGGGUGAACUUGGUGCCGCAAGCAAAGCUAAAAUGGUGAUUGAGCUCCUUGAAGGAAUUCAUUCUGUUGCUUCGGUGGAGGCCAUCUGUCUUGGUGCGCAAGCUGGAAUUCAUCCAUGGAUACUUUAUGACAUAAUAUCCAAUGCUGCUGGAAAUUCUUGGGUUUUCAAGAAUUCUCUUCCCCAGCUUCUGAGGGGAAACCAAACCAAACAUCUCUUUCUCAACCUUUUCAUUCAAAAUUUGGGUAAUGUACUAGACAUGGCGAAAUCACAUAAAUUCCUCGUUCCACUUUUAACUGUUGCUCAUCAGCAACUCAUAGCAGGAUCAUCACAUCCCCAAGCACAGAAAGAUGAUGAUUCUACAAUGCUCAAGGUUUGGGAAAGUUUACUUGGGGUAAAUUUAGCUGAUGCUGUCAAUUCUGAAACUUACAACCCUGAGGAGCUGGCCAGUCAAAUUACUUCCCAAUCUGAUACUGUGAAGCGAAUUGGUUUCAUUGGCCUUGGUGCUAUGGGAUUUGGCAUGGCAACUCAUCUGCUGAAAUCAAAUUUCUGCGUCCUCGGUUAUGAUGUAUAUCCACCAUCACUAGCUCGAUUUGCAGAUGCCGGUGGCUUGACUGGGAGUACUCCUGCAGAAGUAUCUCAGGAUGUAGAUGUACUUGUAGUAAUGGUCACAAACGAACAGCAAGCUGAAAGUGUUCUUUAUGGUGAUCAAGGCGCUGUGUCAGCCCUUCCAUCUGGAGCAUCUAUUAUCCUUUCAUCAACAGUUUCUCCUUCAUUUGUUAGCCAGCUCGAGAAACGCUUGCAGAGUGACUCGAAGAAAUUAAAGUUAGUGGAUUCUCCUGUUUCUGGUGGGGUCAAAAGGGCUGCUAAUGGAACCCUUACGAUAAUGGCAUCAGGUACAGAUGAAGCUCUCAAGCACACUGGGUCAGUUCUUUCUGCAUUAAGUGAGAAGCUUUAUAUUAUAAGAGGAAGUUGUGGAGCUGCCAGUGUUGUAAAGAUGGUCAAUCAACUUCUUGCUGGAGUUCAUAUUGCAUCAGCUGCGGAGGCAAUGGCAUUUGGUGCUCGAUUGGGUCUUAAUACAAGACUAUUGUUUGAUGUCAUCACAAAUAGUGGGGGAACAUCUUGGAUGUUUGAGAAUCGUGGGCCACACAUGAUAGAAAAUGAUUAUACGCCGCUUUCUGCACUUGAUAUCUUCGUGAAGGAUCUGGGCAUUGUUUCUCGUGAAGGCUCAUCACGCAGAGUACCGCUUCAUAUUGCAAAUAUUGCGCACCAAUUAUUCUUGUCAGGUUCUGCUGCUGGAUGGGGUAGAUUGGAUGAUGCUGCCGUAGUCAAGGUCUAUGAGACGCUGAGUGGAGUCAAGGUUGAAGGCAAACUUCCUGUUCUCAAUAAAGAAUCUGUAUUGCAGUCCCUUCCUCCUGAGUGGCGAGCGGAUCCCAUCAAUGAAAUACGUACAUUAACAGAAAAUAGUUUGAAGACUUUGAUUGUUCUGGAUGAUGAUCCAACUGGGACUCAAACUGUUCACAAUAUUGAGGUCCUGACAGAAUGGAGUAUUAAGUCACUUGUUGAAGAAUUCAAAAAGAGGCCUAAAUGCUUUUUCAUUUUGACCAAUUCUCGAGCUUUGACUUCUGAGAAGCUGCCGGCUAAGUUACCUAUCUCGUUGAUUGCGAGACCACUGACUGAAGCUUCUCACCAGGCUAGUGCAUUGAUAGCAGAUAUCUGCAGGAACAUUGAUUCUGCUGCCAAGUCAGUGGAGAAAGCAGACUAUACAGUGGUUCUGAGGGGUGAUUCAACCUUACGAGGUCAUUUCCCUGAGGAAGCAGAUGCAGCUGUUUCUGUACUGGGUGAGAUGGACGCAUGGAUUAUCUGCCCCUUUUUCUUACAAGGAGGCCGUUAUACCAUAGGAGAUACGCAUUAUGUUGCAGAUUCUGAUAGGCUUGUUCCCGCAGGUGAAACAGAAUUUGCUAAAGAUGCUGCAUUUGGAUACAAAUCCUCCAACCUCCGUGAGUGGGUAGAAGAAAAAACAAAGGGCCACAGACCUGCUAGCAGUGUUUCAUCUAUCUCCAUCCAGCUUGUAAGAAAAGGUGGACCAGAUGCUGUUUGUGAACAUCUCUGUAAUUUGCAGAAGGGUUCAACAUGUAUAGUCAAUGCAGCUAGUGAAAGAGACAUGGCUGUAUUUGCUGCUGGAAUGAUACAGGCAGAACUUAAAGGAAAACACUUUUUAUGCCGUACUGCUGCCAGUUUUGUUUCUGCUCGAGUUGGAAUCAUCCAGAAAUCUCCAAUUUUGCCAAAUGAUAUUGGAAUAAAUAGAGAAAGAAAUGGUGGACUUAUUGUUGUGGGUUCAUACGUUCCAAAAACAACAAAGCAGGUUGAAGAACUAAAACUGCAAUAUGGUCAUGUUUUGAAGACUAUAGAGAUUUCAGUUAAUAAAGUUGCCAUGGAGUCAUCAGAAAAGAGGGAGGAAGAAAUCAAUCGAGCUGCUGAAAUGGCAGAUGUGUACCUUAGAAACAACAAGGAUACUCUUAUAAUGACCAGUAGAGAGCUGAUCACAGGCAAAACUCCUUCUGAGAGUUUAGAGAUCAAUUUCAAGGUAAGCUCAGCACUGGUGGAGAUAGUUAGGCGGAUAACCACGAGGCCUCGUUAUAUUCUUGCAAAGGGAGGAAUUACCUCAUCGGAUCUUGCUACAAAAGCUUUAGAGGCAAAACGUGCUAAAAUAGUGGGACAAGCUCUUGCAGGUAUUCCAUUGUGGCAGCUUGGUCCUGAAAGCAGACAUCCAGAGGUUCCAUAUAUCGUCUUCCCAGGUAAUGUUGGCGACAGUAAAGCUCUGGCAGAGGUAGUGAAAAACUGGGCUCAUCCUGGCAGAUUAUCGACUAAGGAACUCCUGCUGGAAGCUGAGAGGGGAAAAUAUGCUGUUGGCGCUUUUAACGUCUACAAUUUGGAAGGAGUUGAGGCAGUUGUUGCUGCAGCAGAGGAGGAAAAUAGUCCUGCUAUCUUACAGAUCCAUCCUAGUGCAUUAAAGGAAGGAGGAGUUCCACUCGUCGCAUGUUGCAUAUCAGCUGCAGAACAAGCAUCUGUUCCUAUAACAGUUCACUUUGACCAUGGAAAUUCCAAGCAAGAGUUAUUGGAAGUUCUUGAGAUGGGAUUUGACUCACUCAUGGUAGAUGGCUCACACCUUUCGUUCAAGGAUAAUGUUUCCUAUACAAAGUACAUUUCUUCAUUGGCACACUCGAAGAAGAUGUUGGUAGAAGCUGAAUUGGGAAGAUUGUCAGGUACUGAAGAUGAUUUGACUGUAGAAGACUAUGAAGCAAAGCUGACUGAUAUUAAUCAGGCAGAUGAGUUCAUUGAUGCAACGGCCAUAGAUUCUUUGGCAGUGUGCAUCGGAAAUGUUCAUGGAAAAUAUCCUCCAAGUGGCCCAAAUCUUAGACUUGAUUUGCUGAAGGACCUCUAUGGCUUGUGUUCAAAGAAAGGAGUUCAUGUUGUUCUUCAUGGAGCUUCUGGGCUGUCAAAGGAAAUAAUAGAGGAAUGUAUACGGCUAGGUGUCAGAAAGUUCAAUGUUAAUACUGAAGUGCGCAAGGCUUAUAUGGAUGCAUUGAGUAGCCCAAAUAAGAAGGAUCUCAUUCAUGUCAUGGCUUCUGCAAAAGAAGCCAUGAAAACAGUGAUUGCUGAAAAGAUGCGUCUGUUUGGCUCAGCAGGGAAAGCUUGUUAAUGUUCUCGGCCAUCCCUAAGCUAAGAUUAAGGGGGUGACACACCUGAUCAAGCGGGCUACUCCUGGGAACGAGGAUAGGUAAUAUUAUUAUGUGGUUUAUGAUCGUUAUCACAAAUUGAAUAUCGUGUUAAUGUGUUUGCCCUAGCCCGUAAGAAUAAUAAAGGUACAAGUUGUAACAUCAGAUGCCCGUCAGCACGCCUUACUAUCAUGAGCUCUUUUAGCCUCUACUCAAGACUCGUGGCAGUUUGUGAAGUUCAAUAAUCAUUCUUUCUUUUUCCCAUUCUCUUGUUACUAUUUAUUAUGGUUUAGAUUUGCUUGCGUCUUGGAUUUUACAAGUCAAUGUAAAUGACGCUAAUGAUCUUGUAAUGAAGAAGACGGAAAUAAUCUUCAUGUUCACCAUUUUCGCUCCCCAAA